CACAGCACAGCAGCGCCUCCGAGAUGUCGCAGCCACUGAAGUUCUACUUCGACUUCCUGAACCAAUCCAGCCGGGCGCUCUACAUCCUGCUGGAGGCCUCCAAGAUCCCCUUCGAGGCCAUUCCCAUUUCGAUGCUCAAAGGCGAGCACCUGACCGGCGAGUUCCGGGACAACGUGAACCGGUUCCGCAAGCUGCCGGCGAUCACAGACCACGGCUACCAGCUGUCCGAGAACGUGGCCAUCUUCCGGCACCUGGCGCGCGAGAAGCUGGUGCCGGAGCACUGGUACCCGCGUCGCCACCUCGGCCGCAGCCGCAUCGACGAGUACCUGGCCUGGCAGCAGACCAACAUGGGCGUGGCCACCACGGAGUACUUCCAGCAGAAGUGGCUGGUGCCCUACCUGCAGAAGACCCGGCCAGCCGACAAUGCGGUUAAUCUCGCCGGCAAGCAGCUGGAGCACACGCUCAACGAGUUCGAGCAGCUCUUCCUCAACUCCCGCAAGUUCAUGCUGGGCGACAACAUCUCCUUCGCCGACCUCAGCGCCAUCUGCGAGAUCGACCAGCCCAAGUCCAUCGGCUACAACACGUUCCAGAACCGCAACAAGCUGGCCCGCUGGUACGAGGCGGUCCGCGAGGAGCUGGGCCCCCACUACAAGGAGGUGCUCGGGGAGUUCGAGGCCAAGCUGAAGGGCAGCGGCAGUGGGCAGCAGCAGGGCGUGGCCCAGGCGGUGAAGCAAUAGCCGGGGGACCCGUCCGCCCUCGGACCGUCCACCAAUCUUGUUUAGUUCCCUAAGACGAUCGACUAUUUAACACUUUUUUUGGCCCAUAACAUUUAGCUUUUGUGAUUAUAUUUGCUCUUUCUAGCCGAUAAGUUUUAACCCCCUCUCCUUUUUCCAAAAUUGUCCCUCAUAUUGCUCUGUUGUGCUUCCCCGUUUCUAUCGAAGCUACGAAAAACCUUACACAUAUUAUUAGAGCCUAGUUGUUAACUGUGUAUCUUAAUUAUACGUAUUAAAGUACGCUUAUGAUUGUUAA